ACCAGGUUGACGCUAACUUAUGGGUUGGACACAUCAUCCCUUCAGCGCUCUAUUAGUAUCCAAGUGCAGGGCCACAACAAGCCACACGUCACAGCCACUGCCCAAGAGAAGCACCGGGACGGCAGUCUGACGCUGUGGUUGGGAUUUCGCAAAUGCUUUGGGCUUGCGGAAAGGUUUUUUGUUUGUUUGUUUGUUUGUUUGUUUAAAAAAGUUUGAGAACCUCCAUUUUAAAGGCAAAUGGUGGUCAUACUAAAUACUAAUUUGAUUUAGUUAAUAAAAUCUAAUUGAUAAAUAACAUUUAUUUAUGGCACAUCCUCGCUUUACAGCAUUGUUUAACAGCAAGUGCCUACGUUUCAUAAUGCUUUAAGCUGUGCAAGUAAAUUUCUCUAAGCAUCUUGCCACAGUUCAUUUAAGUCUGCAACAUUGUCUCUUCAUGUAAUGUCGGACUCGAUGAUGGUUAGACUACUGUGUGACUAUAUAUUUAAAACCUUUGUUCUUUUACGUUUUAAAAAUUUGAAUACAUAUACAGUAUAAUUAUAAAAGAACAUUUUCAGCAUCAUCGCGCUUGAUUUGGUAUACAGAUUAUUAGCAUAUUGGUGAAGUUAUUGGCUCCUGUACGCGUCACUCACAGUGAGAAAGAGAGGCGUGUAGCCGCUGUUCUGCUGAGAUGGGGAAUGUGCGCUAGAGGAGAGCACGUAUUUUUAUCAUCUCCAAAUAUUUCAUUUGCGAUAUGCGGUUUACAUGGAAACGGUGGACUAUAUGCACCAUAAGCAUUCUGCUGAUAUUCUACAAAACGACAGAUAUUGGCAGAAGCGAAGUGCAUCAGAAAACUGGACUGACAGGGAACUCUAGGGCAAGAAGUACAAGACUGAUGGCCAACGGCUCAUAUACACCUUUCGGUAAUGGUUUAAGUGAUCUGACUGACCUGGGAGGGGAAUGGAAGAUUAAUGCCACCCUUGUGACCAUGAUAAGGAAGGACAUACUUCGCUUCUUGGACGCGGAGAAAGAUGUGUCCGUUAUCAAGAGCAGUUUUAAACCAGGCGAUACCAUCCGCUACGUUCUGGACAGACGCAGGACGUUCAAUGUUUCCCAUACGUUACACAGUUUGCUUCCUGAAGUCUCUCCUCUAAAGAACAAGAUGUUCAAAACAUGUGCUGUGGUGGGAAACUCUGGCAUUCUCCUAAAGAGCGGAUGUGGAAAGGAAAUAGACAACCAUGAUUUUGUUAUACGAUGUAACCUCGCUCCCCUAAAGGAUUUUGCAGAUGAUGUGGGUUUAAGGUCAGACUUCACCACUAUGAACCCCUCUGUGAUCCAGCGGGUGUACAAAGGUCUGCGGGAUGAAACGGAGCAGGAGAACUUCAUAUUGCGUUUACAGCAGCUGAACAACAGCGUGCUCUGGAUUCCUGCCUUCACAGUGAAGGGUAGCGAGAGGCAUGUGGAAAUUGUGAACGAGCUCAUUCUUAAACACAAACUGAAAGUGCGCAUGGCCUAUCCUUCACUCCGGCUUAUCCACGCUGUACGAAGGUACUGGCUUACAAAUAAGAUAAAUAUCAAACGACCCACUACUGGAUUAUUGAUGUACACAAUGGCUACACGCUUCUGUGAUGAAAUCUACCUGUAUGGAUUCUGGCCUUUUCCAAAAGAUGCCAACGGAAAUCCUGUUAAAUAUCAUUACUAUGACACACUGAAAUAUCGCUAUUUUUCCAAUGUGGGUCCCCACCGCAUGCCACUGGAGUUUAAUACACUGAAAAGUCUACACAACAAGGGUGCAAUGAAACUUACAACAUCUAAAUGCACCUAUACUUAGCAUACAGCUCAUUGACAGACACUCGGUACUCAUGAGCACCUUUCCUGUAAUAAGAAGACAGAGCUUUGGACAAUGAGUGUGCCUUCAACUGGAAACUGUGACCUGUUCACCUUGUGAGACUUUAGAUUAGUUUACUAUAGAAAAUGUGCAAUGUUUUAGACACUGAAUAAUCUACUCGUGUUUCAAAAUGACAGAUGAAACAGUCCUGCUUAAUGCUCUGAAAUAUUACAAUCUUGGUAAGUUACUGUAUCUUGUCCGAAAAUGCCAAACAUACUGUUUGAGAGAUUGUUGUUUGUUUGUCUAUACUGUACUUUUUAGCAUGUAGAAAAAUAAUUAUAUUUUAAUUCAGAGAUUCUGUCUGUAUGAUAGACUGUAUGGCCUUCAAAACCUUCAAACUGUAAAACUACUUCAAACUUUCUGUUCAGGCUUUCUCAAGCCAACAUUUUAUUAUCUAGUGAUGUUUUACUUUCUACAGUUCCAAGAUUCUCAACCAGGUACAAAAAACAAAACAAUGUAUAUAAAAUAACAUUUUAUACAUUUGCUGUGAAUUACAAUCAAAGCAGAAAAUAUAGCCUAUGGGCAACUUGGUGAGUCUUUUUUUUUUUUUUUUUUUACCCACAGUAUCAAUUUUUUAAGUGACCUAUAAUUGUAAUGAUAAUUGUAAAUUAUACUAUAAAUUAUGUUUAAAGGAACACAUUUCUGGUUUGUUGUCAAUGAACCUUUUGUUUACACCAAGAAGAAAAAAAAAAAAAAACAGCUGGGAAACACUGGUAUAGAUCAAUCUCAGAUUUACUCUUUGUAUAAUUGACUUAACUUGUUACAUGUAUGUUGUCAAAGUCAUUUAAACCAGUUAUAGUUAUUUAAACCAAUCUUUCAUAAUCGAAUGUACUGUAUGUCAGAAUGUGUUGCUGAAACCGCAUUUGUUUAUACUUCAGUGUUUUUUUUAUCUUUUAUUUAUGUCGUAAUGUAUUUUGUAUUUUUUCUAAAUGCAUUUCUAAGUGGUUUAUACGGUUUGUAUUGCUGUCAUUUUUUGACAGCUUUAAAGUUUAUUUAUGUGGAAAUACAUUUUAUACAAAAGCAAAAAAUUAA